UGGCUGGGGAGGCUUGCACCAGGAGACACCAUGCAGUAAGAGAUGAUCCAGCAGAGACCUGAUGGGGACCAGCCAGCUCCCCAUCCUGCCCGCAGCACAAGGAAGGGCUUUGGCGGCCUGCCCGGGCUGCGCUGUGCUGCCUCUUGAAGCCUGCCUGGGAAGAUAACAGAGGUGAAAGGGUGCUUGGCGAUUCUCCGCAGGCUCGAGUCAAUCGUUAAUCGGGGAGGGAUUGCUUUCCACUCUUGCAGGUAACCUCUCCUCCCCCCGGCUCCCCCCACGCGCCCGUGCCCUCACAAAACCAGAACCCACAGGAGCUGGGUGAAGCUUCGGCACAGCGAGAAGAGCCGCUAGCAGGGCCAUGGGAAGGUAAACGUGCGGGAGAGGUGACACCCGGCCCAACCAUGGUCUCUAUGGGACUCCAGCUGGUGGGCUACAUCGUGGCCUUCCUGGGCUACAUCGGCACGCUGAUAACCACGCUGCUGCCCAACUGGAAGAUCAGCUCCUACAUUGGCUCGAGCAUCGUGACAGCCGUGAGCUUCACCAAGGGGCUAUGGAUGGAGUGUGCUACGUAUAGCACAGGCAUCACUCAGUGCGACAUCUACAGCUCCCUGCUCAACCUGCCUCCUGACAUCCAGGCGGCCCAGGCCCUGAUGGUGAGCUCCUGUGCCGUCUCCUCCCUUGCUUGCCUGAUGGCCGUGGUGGGCAUGAGGUGCACCGUCUUCAAUCAGGGCUCACCAGCCAAGGACCGAGUGGCAGUGGCGGGUGGUGUGGUCUUCAUCCUCGGGGGGCUGCUCUGCUUCAUCCCACUUGUGUGGAACAUCCACGUGGUGCUGCGAGAUUUCCACAACCCCCUGCUCCCUGACAGCACCAAAUUUGAGUUGGGGGAGGCUCUAUACCUGGGCAUCAUCUCUUCUCUGCUCUCCCUCAUUGGUGGCUUCAUCCUCUGUGCCUCCUGCCCUCCCCGUGACCCAUCAGGCCCCUACUCGCCCCGGCUGCUGGCAAGCAGGAGUCCCCAGCCCUCCAUCAAACAGAUGCAGAAGCCCAAGAGUGAGUUCAGCUCCUACAACCUGACGGGAUAUGUGUAGCAGCAGCAGGGCGUCUGGUCAGCACUUUUCCCAGCUCCCAAAACACCUGGGCUGGCACCGAGGCACACAGUAAGAGGAGAAGACACAGCGGUGUCUCCCACGCUCGUAUCUCUUGCUUGGGGACCUUGACAUAUGACUGCUCAGAAGUCUCAUCUGAUGGUGAAGGACCCUGAAUCCACCUUCUGUUACCACUUUGCUGCCAUCAGCCUGCCGGAGCUGCCCCUGCAAGCCAGCUGGAAGCACACCCAUAGCCCCUGCACAGCAGUCUUCUCAUGGCCAAACUCCAGCCUGCAGCCCACAGCCCAGCAAGGACAGUGAAAUUGUGCCACUGGGGCUCACCUGCUUAUCUGGGGCUCUGGAAACACUUGGGGGGGGGGGGGAUUAGGGCACCCACAGGAGCCCAGAAUCUUUGGGGGAGAGCGGGGGGAUGGAGUACUGAUUGCAAGCUGAUAUCACAAUAAAUCUAUGUUUCUAGAUGGGCUGUGAUUGAACUUUUCUGUGGCACUAAGGAGCACCCCAGCACCUCACCAGUGGCAGGGCAGGCUCUGGCAGGGCCAUGCUCACCUGCCUGCUUCAUCCAUCCUGCAAAGGUGGACGCAAAGGGAGCCCUGUCCCUUGCUUUUGGCC